GAAACUCGUGACAAGCUCACUAACCUACAGUACACGAUACCACAACCGGCUGAAUAGAGCCUCAUUUCGUUUCAAGAUCUACACCCCAUCCUUUAUGCCUACUACUUUAUUGCAUAUUGCCUGUAAAUCUUAGCCAACAUGCUCGUCAAUAUGGAACAGACUCGCAAGUCUUCUCGAACGCGUCUUGUCGCAGCACCGCAGCGCUCGACCCUCGACUCCGGGUAAUUUCAAACGACAAGUGUCAAAUUCUUCGCUUUCUUGUCUGCGCGUUCUCGUAAGAAUAAAAGAGUGGCCAGAGUGUCAUCUGUCUCAACAUCGCGUGUUAUAUCUGAAUAAUUAUGUCGAAUUAGUGUCAAGUUACAGUACUUACCAUUGACUUAACCACUUAAUAAGUUAUUGAUCAAUAUCUUGGCACAUUAUCUACCUAUUAAGGGCAUAGCACUAUCCAAGUCAACAUGGGCUAUUACGAAACCAGCUUCUAUAGCUUGCUUACCCUCUGUGCAGGUCUCUUUGCCUCCCAGCCCACUCGGCGGAAUGAGUUGAAGAAGCUUGCAGAUUCGCGCAAGCAGGUUUCGCGUGACGAUGGCCAUCCUGAAGCGAAUUGGUACAAGGUUUAUGCUCUCGUUAUGGGCGCCGACUGGCUUCAAGGACCGUACUUGUAUUCUUUAUACCGCGACGAGCACGGCGUAUCUGAGCGCCUAGUAUCUGCUCUCUUCGCCACGGGCUUCUUAUCCAGUGCCAUCAGCGCAUAUUUCGUUGGGGCAUUAGCAGAUAAGCAUGGCCGCAAGGCGGUCUGCAUGGUAUUUUGCCUCCUGUAUGCCAUGUCCUGCUUCUUUACCGUCGUUCCGUCCGUGGGAUUCCUGUUCCUAGGGCGUAUCCUCGGUGGUAUCGGCACGAGCAUCCUCUUUAGUGUAUUCGAUAGUUGGAUGGUGACAAAUUUCCGAGAACGUAAACUCGUCGAAGAUGGAUGCGACCUAUCCAGGACUUAUGCUACCACCAGUAUCGUCAACAGCCUUUCCGCGAUUGUGAGCGGGGUGGUCAGUGAAUGGCUGGUGAGGGUCACUGGCACCAAAAAGGCACCGUUUCUGCUCAGUUCUGUCCUCCUUUGGCAGGCUCUUCAGCUCAUCUGGGCCCAUUGGGUUGAAAACUUUGGUACUAAAAACGCAGAGUCUUCAGAAAACCCUAAAGCAUCUAGGCUCUGGUCCACAUUGAAGCAGCCAUCUAUCUUAGCCCUCGGUUUUGCUUCGACCAUGUUCGAAGGGUCCAUGUAUCUCUUCGUCUUUUUCUGGACACCGACCAUCAAAUCCGUACAGAAAUCCGCGGGGGAGCUUCCCUACGGCUACAUUUUCUCUAGCUUCAUGGCGUCAUCGAUGGCAGCAGCAUUGGUAUUUAACAUAGUCAUGCAGAAACGGCCCUUCAAAUAUUCUCGCCUUCUUGUUGGGAUCCUCCUAGCAGCUAAUUUCUGUUUCGUCAAAUUAGCUGGUCACAAAACGGAGGAUGCUACUUUCUGGCUCUUCUGUCUUUUUGAAGCGUGCGUUGGUAUGUAUUGGCCCUGUACCGGCUACUUGAAGGGGCGUCUAGUAGACGACGAUGUUCGCGCCAAAGUCUACAGUGUCCUACGCAUUCCGUUGAAUGUGUUCGUUGUGGUAGCACUAUUAGUCGCUGGCGACAGUCAACAAUUCGGUAAAGUAUUCUCGACUUGCUCGGUACUACUGACUGCAUCAUUUGGUGCGAUUUGGGCAGUAAGUCUGAAGGAAAGUAUGCCAUAAGACACAGGAUGUGGUAGGGAAAAUGUCAAAGUUGUUCAAUAUCAGGAUUUCGUUCAAGCGGGUUGAACUGUUUAGGUGCCAGGGUUUUCUGAGUUUAGACCAAGGUAUACAUGCGCAUCUCGAAGCCAAAAAAAAAUUGUAGCUAUUGCACUUAAAGCCAAUGAAAACGUAUACCAUUAA